CGAGCGCUUGUCACAUGAUCACGCCAUUGAGAGCCUAAAGGUCCACAAGAGAAACAAGAGGAACCGAAAAGAGCCGAGACUCAGUGCACAUUUUAUAUGUGUGUGUUGGGGUGAUAAAGGACGUGUAACAGCGAGUGAUGACAUACAAACGUGUCGGAAUCACAAUCAGAUGGAUUGUCUGAGGGAACAAACUGUUCCUGGUCGUUCUGGUGCUCAGGGCUCUGUACGGGUCCCAUGUGAAUGUAAAUAACCGUCAACAGUUGAACACGAGUCCGUGUGUUGUGGAGCACCGACACCGCUGUCAUGGCUGAACGCGCACCGCUGCUGCACUACCGGCUCUCGUCCGGUGUGCACGAGGACUCCGGGGAGCACCGGGUGCGCGAGGCGGCGGCAGGGAGGCGGAGGUCCGGUCACAACCAUCCUCAGAAACUCUCCACCUUUUUCGGGGUGGUUAUUCCCACUCUGCUCUCCAUGUUCAGUGUGGUGGUGUUCUUACGGAUAGGAUUCGUGGUGGGUCAGUGUGGACUGUACCAGGCUGUGGUCAUGUUCGUGGUGGCGUAUUUCAUCAUCAGUAUGACCGUGCUCUCCAUCUGCGCCAUCUCCACCAACGGAGCCCUGGAGGCUGGUGGAGCUUACUAUAUGAUCAGUCGAGCGUUAGGGCCGGAGUUUGGAGGCAGUAUUGGGAUCAUGUUUUUCUUGGCCAACGUGUUCGGCAGCGCCCUCUAUGUGCUCGGGCUGGUGGAGGCCAUUCUCGCAACCUUCGGACUUCCUGAAGAUGGAUUAGGCCACGCCCCUCAGUACGCAGUGAUGCCGGUUGGUUAUUGGUGGUCUCUGCUGUACGCUAGUGUUAUCCUGCUUCUGUGCGUCUUGGUGUGUAUGGUUGGUGCUCGCAUCUACGCCAAGGCUACGUUCCUUAUCUUCAUGGUGGUGAUGGUGGUGCUCUUCACCAUCUUCAUCAGCUUCUUUGCCGUCAGACCUCGGAACAUCCCUCUGCCAAACAUUCUGGGAAACUCGAGCACCACUUCUAACACCGCCAACUUCACUGGCUUUAAACUCGACACGCUGCUCGGAAACCUCAAAGCGGAAUACACAGUGGACUACACCACAGGAGUGACAAUGACGUUUGCCACUGUGUUUGCUGUCAUGUUCAACGGAUGCACUGGAAUUAUGGCUGGAUCCAACAUGUCAGGUGACCUGAGAAACCCAAGUUACUCCAUCCCUCGUGGAACAAUUACUGCUGUCAUCUUCACCUUCAUCACCUACAACCUGCUCAGCUUACUGGUGGCCUGCACCUGUGACAGAGUUCUGUUACAGAGGGACUACAGUUUCCUGCGGGACGUUAAUCUGUGGCGUCCCUUCGUCACCAUCGGUGUUUAUUCCUCCACUCUCUCAGCUGCCAUGAGCAACCUGAUCGGCGCCUCACGCAUACUGUACGCGCUUGCCAAGGAUGACUUGUUCGGUAAAGUCCUGUCCCCUGCUGGACAAACCUCGGGCAGCGGGAAUCCCUGGGUCUCGGUUCUCAUCUCCUGGUUCCUUGUGCAGCUGGUGUUGUUCUCAGGGAAGCUGAACACCAUAGCGAGUGUCGUCACCAUCUUAUUCCUGCUGGUCUACGCCGCAGUGGACCUGGCCUGCCUCGCCCUGGAGUGGGCCUCUGCCCCUAACUUCAGGCCCACAUUCCGUUACUUUACGUGGCACACGUGUGUGUUGGGCAUCAUUGGCUGUGGAGUGAUGAUGUUUCUAAUUAAUGCCAUCUACGCCUCGGCCAGCAUCGCCUUCAUGUUGCUCCUGCUGCUGCUCAUCCACUAUCUGAGUCCGACUAGCAGCUGGGGCUACAUUAGCCAGGCACUGAUCUUCCACCAGGUGCGUAAAUACUUGUUAAUGUUGGAUGUGCGUAAGGAUCAUGUGAAGUUCUGGAGGCCUCAGGUGCUGCUGAUGGUGGCCAACCCUCGCUCUAACAUCGGCCUCAUCACCUUCAUUAACGACAUCAAGAAGAGCGGCCUGUAUGUCCUCGGACACGUCCAGAUCGGAGACCUGGCCGUCCUUCCCUCCGACCCUCUGCAGUGUCAGUACGACUCGUGGCUCGCCCUGGUGGAUCACCUGAACAUUAAAGCCUUUGUUAACCUGACAUUAGCUGACUCUGUACGAUGCGGAGUGCAGCACCUGCUCUUCAUCUCUGGACUUGGUGGUAUGACAAACACAUUGGUUCUGGGAUUCUAUGAUGACAUUCCUCCUCAGGACCAGCUCCAAGAUCGCUCGUUCCACUCCAGCAGAUCCAUGGAAAGCCCCAUUUUUUCGGAAGACCCAGAGAUCCACUUUUCAUUUCCCUCCUCUGCGAGGCAGCAUGGACGGAGCCUGGCAGGGGAAAGCGAUCGAUCCUCAGGACCCGUGGCUUUGGCAAGGUACUUCUGCCAGUUGACCACACCCGAACCCGUCAGGACCGCCGUCUUCGUGGACGUUUGGCCUGGUGAACCUGCUCCGACCGAUAGCUGCCUCUUACGUCGACACCUGCUCACUGUUCCUUCUCCAGUUGGCCUGCAUCCUCAAUAUGUCCAGGGCAUGGCGCAAGGCCAGGCUCCGCCUCUCCUGUGCGUGGAGACGGGGCGGAGUCUGAAGAGGCGGAGCGUAAACUGGGGCAGCUUGCUGAAGGAGCUCCGGAUGAAGGCGGCCAUCUACACGGUGCCGUGGGACGCUCAGGUGGCGUUGCACUGGCAGAGACAGAGCAGCUCAAGGAAAGAAAGAAGAACGAAGAAGAGGACAGAGGAAGAUUUGGAUCUAGUAGAGGAGGAGGACUCCGAGGAGGAGGAGGAGUACGCUAACGGUUACCACAGCAACACUUCACGUCUAACUGACGACUACUUACUCGCUGUUAAUAGGGCUGAUCAGUGA